CACGUGGCUAGGAAGAUGGCUGCCCCCUGAAAGUGCCGGGAGUUGCUGGUGCAGUUGCUGCGGGGUGAGUUGCUAGGACCCAAGCUCUCGAGUCACCUUGGCUGGCCUGGUACAAGCCCUUGGACUGCCAGCACCAUGGUAACAGAGAAAGAAGUAGAGGCCAUCGGGCAGACCCUUGUGGAUCCCAAGCAGCCUCUGCAGGCCCGCUUCCGGGCCCUAUUCACCCUUCGGGGGCUGGGGGGACCUGGGGCCAUUUCCUGGAUCAGCCAGGCCUUUGGGGAUGAGUCAGCCCUACUGAAGCAUGAGUUGGCCUACUGCCUGGGCCAAAUGCAGGACGCUAGAGCCAUCCCUGUAUUGGUGGAGGUACUGAAGGAUACAAGCCAGGAGCCUAUGGUCCGGCAUGAGGCUGGAGAGGCUCUGGGAGCCAUCGGCAGCCCAGAAGUGUUGGAGCUCCUGAAGGAAUAUUCCAGGGACCCCGUGAUUGAGGUGGCAGAGACUUGCCAGUUGGCAGUGCGACGACUGGAGUGGCUGCAGCAGAACGGAGGGGAGCCUGCCGGGAGCCCCUACCUGUCUGUGGACCCGGCCCCACCUGCUGAGGAGAAGGAUGUGGGCCAGCUCCGGGCCAUGCUGCUGGAUGAGUCCCGCCCCCUCUUUGACCGUUACCGGGCCAUGUUUGCUCUGAGGAAUGCUGGGGGCAAGGAAGCAGCACUGGCCCUGGCAGACGGUCUAUGCUGUGGCAGUGCUCUGUUCCGCCACGAAGUGGGCUAUGUGUUGGGCCAGCUACAACAUGAGGCCUGCAUACCCCAGCUUACAGCUUCCCUGGCCAGCCAAGCUGAGAACCCCAUGGUACGCCACGAGUGUGCUGAAGCCUUGGGCUCGAUUGCCCACCCUGACUGCCUGGCGGCCCUUCGGGCCCACGCAGCUGAUGCGGAACGUGUAGUGCGGGAGAGCUGUGAGGUGGCCCUGGAUAUGUAUGCCUAUGAGAACGGGCCUGAAUUUCAGUAUGCCAAUGGCCUCAGCCAGCUUCACCAGCCCUCUCCUGUGCCAGAUGGAUUCUCCUGACUUUGUAAACCUCCUGUUGCCAUGCUCUGUUAGCUUCCACCAUCACCUGCUUUGGCCUUGUCUUUCCUGCUCCUGGGCCUACUUUGUCCUCUCACCAGAAUGACCACCCAUUGCAAUCAGCUAAAAGGGGCUGGAAACAAGAAAUGACCUGGGUGGGUUGGAAGAGGUUAGGAACAAUUGGGAUCUUCUGGGAAGCUGGCAUUGCUCUGUUGGGAAAUGCCAGAAUCUUUUAGGAUCAGGGUCAGUUCUUGGGGGAGCAAAUCUACAUCUGUUGUCACGAUAUCAAGAUCUCCUUCGAAGUUUUCGUCUCUAUUGGGAUAGGGUCUUUUGGGAGUAGUUUGGGGUCUUUUGGGGGCCAGAAGAGAACCACUGGAAUGGGAUCGGGUCUUAUUAGAAGGUGUUGGGAUCUAUUGAGAUAGGGCCUGUUAUAGGAGCAGAUUGGGAUCUUUGGGGUUCCUUAUUGGGAGAAUCUAAUGGUAAUAUGGGAUCUAGGCUUACUAGGAGAUGUUGGGAUUGUUUGUCAGCAAAACUCAGUUUAUUGGGAUCCCUUUGGAGAUCUGGAGAAGAAUCUGGAUCUGCUGGGGGAAAGGUAUACAGCUUUUCCACAGUUGGGACCUUCUGGAGGAAGCUCUUUUCUGAGUUGCUGCUCUGCACGUGACCGUAUGUCCCAGACUCUGAACAACCUCCUGCCCCUCUCUCAGCUGAUGAGUCCCUUCUUCCCGUGCCCCAGAUCAUUUCUGCUUGACCCUUGCCCUCCUGCAAGGUCUGCUGUAUUGCUUGCUAAUCUGCUGAAGAUUGGAGCGGAAAGCCAGCCACCCACCCACCCACAUGCGCACCCUUUUCUACCAUCUACCACCUGUCGGAAAGGAAGACUUUCCCUAGGCAUGGAUAGUGCCUGCCCUGUUAGAUGAAUGGGGUGGAAGUGGGGACCCUGAUCUCUGAGGGAAAUAGAAGGGGGUGGGUAGAGUUCUUAAGUGGAUUCUUCCCAGGGAAAGGAGAGCUGGCCUAGGGGCUGAGGGAGAGGUGAGAAGAGGAGGUUCUUGAGUUCCAGGGCACAAAGGUCAUCUGAACAAAAUAUUAAAUUAUUUAUCCAAGAAAA